UGACAUUUUAUUUUACGAAAUCGGUCGACUCAUUGCAACCGCGCUAAAAACGAAGAAAAUCUACGAAAUCAUGUCGCUGCAAUCUACAUUGAAAUGUUUUGCAUUGAUAGCCUGUGUGGCCAUGACAUUGUGCGGGGACUCCAAAAAUCCAUUGGAUAAUGUCAGUCUUGCCCGCUUUCUGGCCAAAUCCGCCAGUGCCAUGCAAAGGAAUCCGGCCAGAACUAUAAGCUGUUCGGAUUACUUUUUGCCAGCCAUUGAAUGUAUUACACAUCAGUUCGAAGAGAGUAAUAAGCUUUGUGCUGAGACAGCUGCCGCAGCACGUGCUGCAGCCGAAGCUGAAACGGAUGAGGUUCAAAAGGAAUUGGCCCAACAGGCUGAUGACUCAUGUGGUGCAAUUGUGGAAUGUAAAAAAGCAGAUGGCGCCCAAUCAAAGUUGAAGUGUUAUGUGGAUAAUGGCUCCGAGGGCUCCAAAGGCUUGCGUACUCUCUCCAACAAUGCCAAUUUAAAAUCGUCAAAGUUCAAGGAACAGCUGCGUCGCAUUGAUAGCCAAGAGAGUGUUUGUAUCACCAAUGGUCGUUUGAAAUAUGAAAGUGACUCUGCCGAGGCUUAUGAUGAAUUUACCAGCUGUAUUUAUGGCCAGACAACGGUGCCAUCGGAACCAUCACACUGGUGUCCCGAAUCGGAAGAAGAAUCGGGUGUUUAAGCUAUGAGAGUACUGAAUGUAGUAAUAAAACAUUGUUAGAUUUCAAAUAAAUGUACCGAACUUUUGGGAAAAUAUAUUUUUUACAAAUCUA